UUAUAUACACAAAUGCACACAUUAUAAAUAUCAGGUAGACUUUGGACUGAAUUCGUUAUGAAAAUUGAUGACAUUUUAUCUUUUUUUUCUUAUUAAUAUUUGAUCUCAUUAUACAUGUCGAGCUUAGAAGACAUUGUAAUCACAACACACCACCGCUUCAGUGGUAAGGUUCAUGAUCAUAAAUUGAUAAAGAAUGAGGAUUAUCAUGCUCGUGAGGAUGAUCUCUGUUAUGUAUGCGGCUUACUCCUACAUAAAUCAGGUGUUGUUUAUCAUUGUGUUAACUUUUCUAGUGCUGAAAAAGAUAAUGAUUGUGCUCAUUUCUUUCUUCACAAAACUUGUGCUUUGUUACCCCUUGAACUCAAGCAUUCAGGUCACAAAUAUCAUGUUCUGCUUCUACAGAAACGGCCAACAAUACCUGGUUCAUGUAAUGUAUGUGGUAUCGAACUGAAAUCGUUUGCGUACUAUUGUCAUAUAUGUCCGAAUGGAUAUCAGAUUUGUGUGGCCUGCGUUUUACCUUUAACUGACACUCAUAUAUCCACUCCUUAUCAUGCUCACAAGUUAACCUUAGUACCCAGGUUAUCAAAUUUUCGAUGUGAUGUCUGCCAUUCGGUGGAUACUGACUUUUCUUAUAUGUGCUACACAUGUCCGUUCUGGAUUCACCUCGGCUGCAGUAAAUUACAAGCUGUGCUCGAAUGUGAAAUUCACCACAAGCAUCCUCUUACAUUAGCAUAUUCUCUUCCACAAAAUUAUCGUUCAUUUCCAAAGCCCUGCAGAAUAUGCAACAAGGAAUUGGACCCUACUGACUGGCUCUACUACUGUCUCAGCUGCAGAUUCUUUGCCCACACCAAAUGUGCUACAUCGCCUCCGCCUUACAAGGAGCCCGACUAUCCUUAUAGAGAUUCUGUGCAAAUCCCGGUGCCAGAGCAUGACCCGCUGUUGCAGCAAUGUAUUAAGAAGGAGAGCAUUUCAUGGUUGGACGAUGAUACUGUGACACCUCCUCAUCAUAUAAAAUGGUUGGAGGAUGAUGCUGUGACUCCUCCUAGUCAUAUAAACCACUGGAGCCACAACCAUCAACUUUUACUCAAAAACAAAAGUGAACUAAGUAGCCUUGAUGAGGAAGGAAAGUCGCCAAUCUGUAACGGGUGCACUGAUUCUAUAUUUACUAAUGAUGAUGUAUUCUUUGAAUGCAGAGAAUGUAACUAUGUCCUCCACAGACAUUGUGCCCAAUUUCCAAAAGAGAUGAUGACUCACAAGAAAGGCUAUCCAUGCAAGCUCGUGGGAAUUCAAGACAGUGUUUAUGAUCUCUGGUCUUGCGCUUAUUGUAGAUGUUUAAGAAAUGGGACACAAGUGCAAGUUGACAUUCCUUGGCACCAAGGUGACAGUGUGAAUCUUGACAUAGGCUGUGUUGUUUUACCCAGAGAAAUCAAACACCAAGCUCAUCAUCACCUUCUUGUACUAAGAGAUGAUUUUUUUAACCGAUUUAAUUGUAUUGCUUGCAACAGAAAAACACGGAAGUGUGGCAGUGUGCUUAAUUGUUAUUCGUAUGCGUUGGGUUGUAAUUUUUCCUUACAUACAAAAUGUGCUCUUAAGCCGCUGACAGUGACACAUCCAUGGGAUCCCCACCCCCUUCACUUGAUAUAUUCUCCCGACCAAAUAAAAGAUCAUCCUCAUGAAUACGAGUGUGAAUUUUGCUCCCAAGAGAUAGACGCGGACCAUUGGUUCUACCAUUGUGAUGUUUGUGAUCUAUCCUUUCAUUUUGGUGAAUGCAUGGAUCAGUUCCUUCGCUACUCAAAGGUCAAGUUUGGCGCUACAAAUAUCAAGAUUGAGGCUCACCAGCACGGCCUCACCUUUGUUCUAAACAAGAAGAGGUUCCUACCAUGUCAGAGAUGUGUUGCAGAUACGUUCAAUCAGCCAGUCCUGCAAUGUACACCUUGUAAUCCAACAUGCUCAUCCUGAUUUAUGCUCGUAAUGUCAAGCUGUAUUUAGAUUGAUUAUCUGUAUUUUUCCAGAAUACAAGGCAGUGUAAAUAAAAAUCCAAACCAUCUCUAAUAUUUGUGAUUCUGAACUCUCCUUACUUGGAUUUUAUUUG